CCUGUACGACUCAGAUUCAGUCCCUCUGGGGAUUCUUUGGGAGAUGCUUGACAGGACUUAGGAGGUAAAUUCCUAGGAAUGGCAUGGCUGGGUCUUAUGGCAACUCAAAUGUUUUUUUAUUGCCAAUUUCCACUUCUUUUGAUUCUACAAAAGAAACUAUGUUUCCAGUAGCCCCUAAAACCCAGGAGUCUAAUCAGUCAUCAGACAGAACCAUGACUGAAAAGCAGCAGGAAGAAGCAGAGUGGCAAAGAAUAAACACGCUGUUGACGAUGCAUGGCUUAAACCCUCUGUCCCUAGUCCAAAGAGCGGAUCUCCAAGAUCUCAUCAUCUUUGACAAGCAGUCAUCACAAAGGAUGAGGCAGAAUUUGAAAAUGUUGAUGGAAGAAACAUCACGUCAACAGACCAUGAUACAGGAGCUCAUAGAAACCAAUCAGCAGCUUAAAAGUGAACUUCAGCUAGAACAAAGCCGAGCAGCAGAGGAGGAACAACGAGCUAAUGACUUGGAACAAAUUAUGGAGAGUGUCAAAUCCAAAAUUGGUGAAUUGGAGGAUGAAUCGCUAAAUAGGGUUUGCCAGCAACAGAAUAAAGUAAAAGAUCUUCAAAAGGAGCAGAAAACUUUACAGGCAAAAUGCCAGCAUUACAAGAAAAAACAAACAGAGCAAAAAGAAGCUAUUGCUGCUUUGCAAAAGGAUGUCUAUAGAUUAAGAAAAGAAGAAGAAGAUCGCGUUGUCACUCAAAACAGAGUAUUUGCCUGUCUCUGCAAGAGAGUUCCUCAUACCAUCUUGGAUAGACAGUUGCUUUGCCUAAUUGAUUACUAUGAAUCUAAAAUUAGGAAAAUUCACGCACAAAGGCAAUAUAAAGAAGAUGGAAGUCAGUCAGAGGAAGAAAAAGACUACAGAAACGUGGAUGCCUCACCAAAUUAUAAAGGUCUUCUAAUGUCAUUACAAAACCAACUCAAGGAAUCAAGAUCUAAAAUCGAUGCACUUUUAAGUGAAAAGCUGAAUCUUCAAAAAGAUUUGGAAGCCAGGCCCACACAGCAUGAAUUAAGACUUUAUAAACAACAGGUGAAGAAACUGGAAAAAGCCCUUAAGAAAAACAUCAAGUUACAGGAGCUGAUCAGUCAUAAGAAGGCCGAGGACACGGAGAAAAAAGAUGAGCCUGGCAAAUACAAUCAGCAACAGGCCCUGCUCGACCAGAGGUACUUUCAGGUGCUGUGUAGCAUCAAUUCGGUUAUUCACAAUUCAAGAGCUCCAGUAAUAAUUUAUAAACAGAGCAAAGGAGGAGUCCAACAUUUUAAUAACGACCUUAUUCAAGACUGUGGAUUUGAGCACCUUGUUCCUGUAAUCGAGAUGUGGGCAGACCAGCUGGCAUCCCUCAAGGGUCUGUAUAAGUCUUUGAAAAUACUAUCUGCGGAACUGGUGCCUUGGCAUGAUUUGAAGAAACAAGAUGAAAACGAAGGUUUCAGAGUUGAAGAUUUGUUGUUUAUAGUAGAUGCCAUGUUGGAAGAAGUUGACAAUAAGGAGAAGGACAGUAAAAUGCCGAACUCUCAAACUUUGCAAGCUGUUGUGUCUCACUUCCAAAAAUUAUUCGAUGUGCCUUCUUUCAAUGGAAUCUAUCCUCGAAUGAAUGAAGUUUACACUAGGCUUGGAGAAAUGAACAAUGCUGUGAGGAACCUCCAAGAACUCUUAGGAUUAGACAGUUCGUCUUCAUUGUGUGUGCUUGUGAGCACCGUUGGAAAACUGUGUAGGCUGAUUAAUGAGGAUGUGACUGAGCAGGUUAAGCAGCAUUAUCAACAAACUGGAAGAACACGAGGAAUUUUUCCCAGCAUUUCAGGCAUUUACUAAUGAUCUCCUUGAAAUCUUAGGUAAGAGCUAUUGGUAGUGGUUAAAUUUCAAUACUUAAGAUGUCAGUGGGUUUGAGGGGAGGGUAUUCCCUAGUCAUGGGAUUCGUGUUUUUCCCUAGAGCGCUUGGUAGAUAGUGUCUGGAGGCUGCUAACAGAAUGUCUGGAGACUGGUGACAGUUCUGGAAGUACAGCCCCAACUUGCAGUAGAGUUUGUUAGGCCCAGUCCACGGAACAGAGACGCACAGCCCCCAAAAGGAGACAGGGACUGCCUUUGUGUGAGCACCUUAUCACGAGAAAUGACACUGCUCUGGCCACACCAAGUUGGAAGUUCCUUCCUCUUUUUUUUAAGACAGCACCUACCCACAGCGUUUUAAAAACGUCCCAAGAAGCUUUCUUCUCAGGUAAUAGGAAGUCGCGAAGAGUGGUGACCAUCCGCACAGAGGAAACAUGGGAUGUGGCACUCGCACCGCAGGUCUGCCUGAGGGCUCCAUUGGGCUGGCGCCUUCCCAAGGGAGAACGGGGUUUGCUCGGACGCAGGCAGGCGGGCGGCUCUGUCCUCAGGGCUGUCGACUUAACUGACCAUCAAGCGCCGUUUCUGAAGUUUAGAGUGGUUUCUUCGCUCAUUCUUGUUUGCUCUGUAGUGCAUCUGAAAGGCUGCUUUAUUAGAAAGAAUGGAUCCUUGAUUUUAGCAGAGGAGGUGGAGUGUGGUGGGCGGAUAAGGGGCCGAGUUCCUCAAAACUUGGCAGGAAGAUGCAUCCAGGAGUGAGGCAUCCGGCGAGAACCUGCAGCCUCGGGCGUAGGCAGGGAGUGAGGUCACUGGCUCCGAGUGGACCACGGAAGCCGGGGGACAGUGCGUGACGCGCUCAGGCACGCUCGCUCAGAGAGGCCUCGCGAGGGGAGGUGGAGUGAAAGUCUAACUUGAGACGAGGCCUGAAGCUGUACACGUGCUGCCUGGGCCCUGAAGAGCCUGGCUCCACAGAGGAGUCCCGUCCUGCUUGCUCUGGGAGGGCAGCUGACUUCAGCAGUGGCAUUCUCACCACUCAUGCACGCUUGACACAUCUGAAAGUGUUUCCACCGGCAUGCUCCUGGCAGCCCUGUUUCAGCAGGCUCUGCAAAAACGUCCCCUCAGAUACUGUGACCCUCAGCCUGCGCCCCCUGAGAUCAUUUGCUGCCAGAAGCCAAGUUUCUCUGCAGAUGAAUUCUGUAUUUUGGUCAAAGUUUAAAUGUUAAGUAUUAUCUUCCACAUUGGGAUCGUUAAAUGUUUGUCAAAUGUGACUUUUUAAAAAUUACUAAAUGACAUUAAGCAUGUAGGUAUGCUUAAUGCCAGAUAUGGAGACUACCUUCACUGAUAAUUGUGCUUUUAGAAACAUAUAUUCCUUUAUUUUUCUCAUGUAAGUGAUGUGACUAGCUAUGAAAAUUCCCCAUCAACCAAGGUCCCUGUCUGUGAGGUCCAUUUGUAAGGCAGGUUUCUCAUUUCAUGAGAAAACAGGUGGUUUCAGGGUGGGAAGGUCGGGCAUAAACUUGAUCUUGUGUCCUAGCAUACUGUCAGGAGCAAGCUCGACUCUGCUCCAGGUUUGCUUCUCUCUGCUUCUCUGGUUUCUUUUCCCGUGUCCUGGAGCUUUGUAAGUGGGGCCGGACUCGUAUUCUGAGAGGGGUCAGGAGCUUUAGUGAACUGAACGGGUUCUGCGACGGCUUGGGUCAUGGGUCAGGCCAAGGACGAGCCAUCAAAGUCCAGCUAAACGGGGGAAAGUGAGAACUCAGGGGAGCAUGUUUCAUGGACAGGAAACGAGCCCAGGAUCAGUGACCUAGAAGGAAAGUCGUGGGUGUCUCAAAAAGCUGCCUUGGGGCUCGCCUGAAGUAGGACCGGAGUCUGGAGGAUGGGAGGAAAGACUUGGCUUUCUCCGUGCCAGGCGGGUUGGAGUGAGGCACCAUGAGGCUGAGCAAGAGCCUGCGGGGAGAAGCUGCACUGGGUUACCUGGCACAUGGACCAGGCUGAGCCCGGUGACGCUGCACCCGCGGCUUGCGCUCCGAGGGGCUCUCAGCAUCUGUCAGGCAGACCCUUCCGCCCUCGAAGGCACACCUGAGGCGAUCCCGCUAAUGAGAAGCGGUCCCAAGAGCGUUAAAGAGGAUGCGACGGUGUUCCGUGAGAAGACAUGCCGAGUCCUCAGCUGGAGGCCCAGGGAAGAGACGCCGACCCCAGGCUUUCACUGUGGACGUGCCCCUGUAGCUACAUAGGUAACAAGGCAGCAGUGCGUCACAGAUGGGCCAGGCGGGUCGGCUGAGGAGCGCGAGCUGCUGAUGAGGGUGACUGGAGUCAGAGGACGCCUGCGGGCCGGUGGCAGCAGCACCUGUGUCAGUCAGCAGUCACCUAGCCCUGCUCUUGGAGAAAAACGCGACGUGUGCGAAAGCGCCAGCCUUGCUGCCUUCGUGCUUGGGGGGUGCCUCUCACAGAGGCUCUCGGGCCGUCUGUGCUUCUCUCUGGAAAACGUUGCUCUUUCUUUGUUCUUGUUUUUCUAUUACAGAAAUCGACGACGUGGAUGCCAUUGUACCUGCAGUAAAGAAAUUAAAAGUACUUUCCUACUGAAACAGACCAAAUCAUUUUUACUGUGUAAAUUGCCUUCUUGACGUUUUGAGUUUUGCCGAAGUGAUCCUGUCUUAAGACAAACGUAUAGAAUGUGUCUGUUCUCAGAAUCCAUCCCUUAGUAUUGAGCCAUUCUUCAUGUCUGUGAUUUUUAUGGGCUUUUGAGAUUCUCACACCGGAAAUAGUUGCCGAGUUACAGUCUUGUAUUAACUUGCGGUCCUCAAUCGUUUCUCCAGCAAUUCUCGAGUGCCCAAAACGUGAUGCUGGCUGAAAGCAGCGUUUGGGAGUAAAAGCAGCGCCCAGGGAGAGAGACCGCAGGUCUGCUACGGGUUGCCUGAAGUUCAGAUGUGCUGGCUCCUGGGCUAGGGCCAGAGGGACGCCAGUGGCUGGAGUCCUGCCAGCAGGAAGCGGCUGCUCUCCUGGCAAGGACUGGCGGGCACAAAGGCUUCUGAGAUGCCCUCGGGGCAGUUGCCCUUCCAAAGCAAGGGAAGAAGGAAACGGCGUUUUACCAUUUAUGUUAGGGUAGACGACGAAUCAUGGGGUAAAAUGGACAGUGGGUAGAAGUCCCUCAUAAACGAGUGUCUUUGGCCAUCUUGAUGUAACGCACUUUUUAUGAGGACAUGAAAUCUCAAAUAAACGUUGCAUAAAGAACUUCA